GGAGAGAGAGUUUGUCCCACAUCUUUACAGCUAAAAAGCCACCGAGGAGACAGUCCGCGAUGGAGCCGUCUGCAGAGCGCAGAGCGCAGCGCUUCCAUACGUGGAUCUGAACAGAAAAAACGGGAUUUUGAUUGAAAGCGAACAUAAAACUGCAAACGGAGCCUGAUUUAAAAAAAUAAACCCUGCUGUUGGACAUCUUCUGGACUCAAACUUAAUUUGAACCAGUUUUAAAGGUUCCCUUGUUGCUGCUGCCUGAGUCUGAUUGGGAACUGAUGUGUGUCAUGGGGAUAUGGUGAGGCGAUGUGUACAAGCUUGUGUGAGAGAAGAUGUCCUGCCAUCAGUGGAGGAACAGGAAGAGGGUCAGGUGAAGGGCUGGAUAUCUACUCAUGGCUGUGUAUAUCACUCCUGUUCUCGGCUUUGUGGGGUCAAGCAACCCCUCAGUGCCCGGACAGCUGCCACUGUGCCUGGGACACGGCCACCGUUCUGUGUUCAGAUGCGGGGCUGCGAGAGAUCCCAGAAGGGAUCCCACCGGAGACUGUUUUCCUACACCUGGAGCGCAACUACAUCCGGAACAUCCCAGAGGGUGCCUUCAGCCACUUGGUUCACCUGCAGGACCUCUACUUGUCUCACAACCGCAUUGACUCUCUCUCCUCAGGGGCUUUGCGGCAUCUGGGACCCGACCUGCGGUUGCUGGACCUUUCCCAUAACCAGCUGAGGCAGGCCAGUAGGGAGGAUUUUGGAUCCACUCGUGCCAAAACACGGCUUUACCACAAUCCCUGGCACUGUGACUGCACCCUGCAGGAGCUGAUGGAGACUCUGUACCUUGAACCUGAGACUGUGAACGGGAUCAUCUGCGAGAGCUCAGUGCGGGGUGUAGGUGAGGGGGGGCGGUGGGAGGACCCGGGGUCACCAGGGGAGCAUGCAGGUCAGCCGUUGGUCAAACUGCUGGAUUCAGGGGUAAACUUCUGCAGCCUGCAGAGGAAAACCACAGACGUAGCCAUGCUGGUAACCAUGUUUGUGUGGUUCUUCAUGGUCAUCGUGUAUGUUGUGUACUAUGUUCGACAGAACCAGGCAGAGGCCCGCAGACAUUUGGAAUAUUUGAAGAGUCUACCCAGCCCACAUAAGAUCCCUACAGAGACAGACACUCUGAGCACUGGUUUCUGAGCAAAUGUUUACGCUCAGUAAUCAGAUGCCAUCUUUAUGGAACGGGACUCUGAAACCCAUAGAGGGAUUCACACGUGGAGGAAAAUAAUCAUGCCUAAUUAUUUCUUCGAAAUAAUUAAUUUUCUUAUUGCCUUUUUUUUCCAGUACAAAAUUAUAAGUUUUUCUUAAUUUGUAUGAUAUGCACUUAGAGAAUGGCAAGACUUUUAAAAGCGCAGCAGAAGGGAAGAUAAAACAGGUGUACGCAUAAAGAAAGACCGUUUUUGAACAUAAUAACAUUCUGCCUCCCUUUGUAGCCCCUCUGUUCUUCUACCACCAUGCCUCGUACUGUGCUCUUUUAUCUUUCAUUAGGUCCUAAUUAGGCGAAGUUGACCAGCUGACCCCUAAUGAACAGUUGAAAGACACUAAUCAAUUGGAGUGUGUCUGUCAGGUGUGCAAAUUCAGAUGCAUGUCCUUUGAUUUGUCUGUAUUUAUGUGUGUGUUGGAGUUUGUGUGUUGUGCUCAGGCAUCGUCACGGCCAUUCUUAUUUUGACAGUCCUGAUUUAGCAACCGAAACAUAUUAUUUACUUCACAUCUGUACUCAGCCUGUGGGUUAUCUAAUAGUAUUGGACUUAUGUCUCAUGAACACUCACAUGCAAAAAAUAAUUUGAUAUAAUGUUUGAAUAAUUUAUUUAAGUAUUUUAUAUACAAAAAUCAUUUAUACAUAUUUACCAAUUAUUUUAUUUAAAUCAGCCUAAGGCUUUUGGCUACAGCACUUAAAGGUAUAAUGGGGGAUUUUCCUGAAUUUUGAAGUCUUGCCCUCCACUUUUAAAAAAAAAUGCACAGGCUCAAUCCUGUACCCACUCUUGAAAGGGAAAGCCUAUUAAACGCAGCAAGAGCACAAACAAGGCCAUUUCUCCUCGUGCACAUCAUACAAGCUUACUUUCCAAAAGAAGAUGUGCAAUUCUUCCACUAUGUCAGACUUACUAUUGGUAAGUGAAAAUGGGGACAAGCACGUAGGAUGGCCUUACGUAAACAUAUCACCAGAAUGAUUGACGAUUAGGAAGACCACUUAUUUUGAUGAUCCACUCGGAAAAACAGCAUCCUCCACUAUACAUUUAAGCUUUUUUCACUCAAAGCCAGUGGUUACAGCUGUUACACUGUGUUGACCAGCCUAAGUGACAGUGAGAGGCAUUUCAUAGUGUUGGCCUACUGCAGAAAAUACAGCAUGAAUUACAUUUAUAAGUACAGAAAUACUUAAAUAAAAGUUCAACAUCCCUCCAAAUUCAAAUGAAUGUGUUUGGAUUGAUAUGAUUCAGUUUAAUUGAGUUUAUUAAUGUUGUGCAAUUUCACAACACAUCAUCAAAGCAUUUUACAAAGAAAAUUCAAGGCUUCUACAAAAUUCUGCAUUUAGUAAGAUUUGGAAAUCUCUAAAGAGUGUAAAUCAAUAGGUGCAAAUUGGAUUUAUUCGUGUCCUGCUUUGCUUUGAUUAUGAAAUGUAUGAAUAUUUUAUAUUUAUGUUACUUUUUGGAACUAUUGGUUCUCCACAGUUUAAGUCCUUCACAUGUUAUAUGAAAACGGACUAUUUUUAACACCACACCAAAAAACCCCCAAAACAAAUCAUUUGUCAUUAAGGGAACUAUUGAUUUUCUUUUUUUUAACUCGCCAUGUAAAAUCUGAUGAAUUUCUUCUUCUUGACACAUUACGGUAAAUGAAACCCCCACUGGAUUGAAAACCAGGUUUGAUUGAUUUUUCAAGAGGGUGUUGUAAUCCUGUUUAUUGUGCAAAUGUGUCCUUAAAAUGGGUAGGUUAGUAUUUUAUGUAAGACUUGUAUCUAAAUAUGAUAUAAUUCUUCUCUUCUGCAAGAAGAAAUGUAAAAAAUGUUUCCAACUGUUUAAAUACAAGCUAAGCUUUUGUUCCCAACAUCGUCUGAGACUUUAUUCAGGUGAUCGAAGCAAACAAAUGUUUUUUUUCCCCCAGCUUUUUAUUGUCAUUACACCGUCACAAGUACAGAGCAACAAAAUGAACUCUCUGCAUUUAUCCCAUCCCCUUUGGGAGCAGUGGGCUGCCAUUGUGG